CGAUUUUUCAAAUAGAAGCUGUACAAACGUUCUCAACGGACUUCUUGUUUUUCUAUCAUUUCUCUCUGUAACAAUAAACUAUUUUAAUUUGAAAUAAAACAAGAUUUGUAGGAAAUUGAAAAUGCUACUAACUAGAUUGCUUCAUGCCUCACCCAAUUUUCUUGUAUUUUGUGGUUUAUAUUUCUUCAUGCGUUUUAGUAACAAGUUUUGUACAGAAAAAUUACGCUGUAAAUACAUGCACUCGAACUCACAAAAGUUAUGAAAAACUUCUGGCAUCGAACUUGCUAGGUUCUUUAUUGGCUAAUCCUCCAGUGUGUACAACAAACAAUUCAAACUUGGUUUUCAAUCUAUUUGGCGAAGUACCUAUUAAACAGUUAAAAAAAAGCACACUGUUUCGUAAAAAAAGACAAACACUAUCAUGGAGAAAACCCGAUGGAAUGCCUUUUGGAACAGUAAUUGCUUUUUGCAACAAUGACGAUUGUUGUAAUGCUAAAAAAAAAAAGAAUUCUCGUGGAAAUACUUACAAUAUUUGCAGAGAGUGUAUUCAUAUUGUAACUCUUCCUCGAGGAUAUUUACCUCGUACUCACUAUCAUAUCACGUGUCAAGACACCGAUUAUUACGAAACUUGUUUGACAGGUGAAGGUUCGUGCACCACAAAUACAAUUUCAAAAAACGUUACAUAUUUAAAUCAAGUAAAAACAUUUGUGUUUGGUUCAUCUUGUUCGUGUGAAAUUCGGAAAGACUCGAUAUUUAAAGAUUUUAUUUAAACCUUAAAUAUUAACUUUUAUUUAAAAGAAAAACAAAUUUUUAUAAUAAAUAAAAAAAUUUAUUUGUUUAAUAUCUAAUUUGUAUUAACUGUUUUUACUUUCUACAUUUCUUCACUACU